UUUGUAAAAUUUUAUGUUAUUUCUAAGCAAAAUUAUAUUAUAAAAUAUCUUUAUUAUUGUCUACUUAUUGUAAUGACUGGGAAAAUUUUUGUCGUUACUGGAGCUAACAAAGGAAUUGGUUAUGGAAUUGUUCGUGGGUUGGCUCAGCAAUUAAAUGGGGCUAUAAUUUAUUUGACUGCCAGAAAUCCAACACUCGGUGUUGCAGCACUCCAAAAUUUAGAAAAAGAAUUGGGUGACAAAAAGAAAAGUCAAGUUGUCUUCCAUCAAUUGGAUAUAACAGACGAGAAUAGUUGCCAAAAAUUGGCUCAACAUUUGAAAGAAAAACAUGACGCUUUAGAUGUUUUGAUAAAUAAUGCUGGCUUUGCUUUUAAACAAAAUGCUACAGAACAUCCGAGUAUUCAAGCAGAUAUAACUAUCGCAAUUAAUUAUUAUGGAACUAAAAAUAUUUGUAAUGCUUUAAUUCCUCUGAUUCGAAAAGGGGGGAGAAUCGUUAAUGUUUGCAGUCAAGGAGGUGUAAUGAACGGAAAGUAUGCCAAAUACAGCAAAGAAUUAGUUGAUCGCUUUAGAAAUAUUUCUGCCCUUAAAGUUUCUGAUAUUGACAAAUUUGUCGAGGAAUAUAAAAAGCUUGCAAAAGAAGAUAAGCGUAAAGAGGGCGGUUAUCCAGACACAGCUUAUGGAGUGAGUAAAGCAGCAGAAAUAGCUCUUUCAUUGUUACAAGCACAUGAACUUAAAUAUAAAGGAAUUACUGUUAACGCUUGUUGCCCAGGUUUUGUCAAUACAGACAUGACUAGCCACAAAGGUCAUUUAACUAUUGAUGAGGGAGCGGACACUCCAAUAUGGCUGGCAACUGCUGAAGAAGUCCCAAAUGGGGCGUUUGUUUAUUUGCGCAAAGCUAUUGAAUGGCUGCACUGA